AUGGCGGAAGUCUCUCAGAUCGGAGACGGCCAGAUCCAGGGCGGGAUGCACACGAUCACCAUGACCAUGACCAUGACGCCCGUGUCGCAGAUUGGUGACGGACAGAUCCAGAAUCCAGCCGAGACAACAACCACAACCACAACAGACUUAUCCACCGUCUCGCCGCCACCGGGAUCUUUAUCGGCACCUUCUACUCCUUCGAGAGGUCCUGCUGCCACACGGAAACCUCCAACAGUCAUCGAGCAAGCAUGCGGCUUUGAAACGAGGCCAAGCAUACCCUUUACAUUUACUUUCCCAUCAAUCCCAAGCCCCAGCACGAGUGAGUCUCCAACAACAUCACCGACAACGUCAAUGAGUGAUUCUUCAAUGCCAACCCCAACUACAUCCCCCAACACGAAUCCAAACGUCAACUCAUCUUCAGGAUCAACCUCGACCUCUAACAAACUACCCUUUGUCUCCUGCCUCACAAACUCCACCCUCCGCCUCGCCCUGACCGACGGCACUCUUCUCGACUCGCGCAACCGAACCGGCUACAUCGCAUCGAACUACCAAUUCCAAUUCGACGGCCCACCACAGUCCGGCGCCCUCUACACCACGGGAUGGAGUAUCUGUCCUAGCGGUCCCGACUCUGAGGGGUCGACUCGGUCGUCGUCGUCGUCGCUUCCCACUCUCGCAUUAGGCGGAAACACCACGUUCUGGCAAUGUCUGAGCGGUGACUUUUACAAUCUGUACACGGAGAACUGGGCGGCGCAGUGUAGUCCUGUGGAAUUGAGGAUUGUAUCGUUGGUUGAGUGUUAA